UCUGCUUUAUUAAGUUUAUAAAAAUGAUCUCUAUCUUUGGUUUUGAUAUUUUUGAACUUGGAUUGAUUACGAUUCUUAUCGGUUUCGUCAGUUAUAUUAUUAUAUUACGAAGAAUACCACCCAAUGAACCGCCACUUGUUCCGUACAAGUAUCCUAUAAUCGGUCAUACUUUUGAGUAUUAUAAAGACGUUCCAGGUUUUCUAAAAAAAUGUCGCGAUGAGUAUGGUGAAAUUUUUUCGCUUUAUAUCUGGGGAAGCGUCCAAACUUAUGUUGGAAAUGAAGGUUGCAAUGAAGUCUUUAAAAGAAAUCAAGAUUUUGAUUUUCAAGAAGCUUUUAGUGAUAUAUUCCCAGUAGAUAAUUUUCUUAAUCGACCACAACAUUUUUUUAAGCCCGUAAUUGAUUUUACUAAAGAAUUUUAUCAAGAUGUGGGCCGGUUUAACGAAUUGGUGCAAAAUAAAAUUACUGAAGCAUUGAAUGAACUAAUUGUUGACGGAAAAUUGGUUCAACCUAUUUUACCAACACUCCAACAAGUAGUUGCAAAACCAACUGCAGCUACAAUAGUUGGUAAAGAAGUAUGUAAUGAUAAAGAAUUACUUAAUACAUUCGCACAUAUAACGUCUGAACUAGGUCCAUGGUUGUCAUUCCCUCCCCUUCUCAAUUUUAUUUAUAAUGGUUUACAUAAGAGAUACAUAUUGUAUAAAUUUCGAUAUACUAAUAAUCCAAUAAAAACUCAUCGAAAAGUUAUUAUUUCAAAAAUUACUCCCGUUAUCAAAAAACGUAUAGCUGAUCAAAAAGAAUUUGGAAAUUCUUGGGAACGCCCGGAUGAUAUUAUGCAAGAAUUAAUGGAAAAAUCUAAAAGAGAUCAUGAAAAUGUUGACAUCGGGUGGGUCGCUGAUUUUAUUAUGUGUUUCAUUUUUGGCAGCGUACACAACACCUCUCAAACACUUGCUCAAUGCUUAUUCGAUUAUAUAAAUAAUCCUGAAUACCAUAAAGACCUUAUAGAAGAAGCAGAAAGGAUUCAUAGUGAGUAUAAAGUAUUAUCAUCUGAAGCAAUGAAUAAAAUGGAAAAAUUAGACAAUUUUGUUAAAGAAACGUUGAGACUAAACAGGCAUGAUGUAUCAUUGUCUCACAAAACUAUUGCCGAGGAAUUUACUUUUGCAAAUGGAUAUCAAAUUCCAAAAGGUCGUAUUGUUCAUGUAAUUACCCGACAUAUUCAUCAUAAUCCGACAGCCUAUGGACCAAACCCUGAAAAAUUUAAUCCAAAUCAUCAUGCAAAAUCUCCUGCUUAUCGUCCUGAACGUCAUUUCCUUGCUUUCGGAAUGGGUAAAUCAGCAUGUCCCGGUAGAUUUCUUGCAGUUAAUGAAGUUAAAAUCGCAAUGCAUGUUAUAUUAUUAAAUUAUAAUGUUAGAAGUGAAAGUGGUAAAUAUGUAGAGCAAAAAAAGGUGGGAGGAUAUAUUUUGGUACCUGAUGAAGGAUUAAUUUUUGAAAAAAGAAAAGUUAAGACAUCAUUUACAAAUGAAUUCUAAAUAUUGCCUGUAAUAUAUUUUUAACUUUUUUUGUAUACAGUAACUGUAUACUGGUGAUGGGCUUUGAUUUUUUUUAUAUAUUUUAGUAUUAUUAUUGAUUAAACUUUAAAACAUAAAUAAAUAAAUAAAUUAAAAGUGUAAUACUUAUUUAGUGUUUAUAUAUUUUAAUAAGUCAUUUAAAUAUUUCAUAAGCCUUAAACCAGGUGUUACCAUGGUAAAAUUGUUUUAUCGCUGAUCACGUGUGUGGACAGACGAACAUUGCAUGGUUCGUAAAAGUCCUCCGCUUCUCUCUGGAAAAAUAUUUAUAUCAAA